AUGACGGCGCUCAAGCUGUCCCUCAUGGCCUUCAGCUUCGUCUUCUGGGCGGCCGGGCUGACCAUGCUCAUCAUCGGCCUCUGGGCCAAGGUGUGGCUGGGCGGCUACCUGGCGCUGUCAGCCAGCGACUACCCCAACGCCCCCGCCAUCCUCUUGGCCACGGGCACUGCCGUCAUCGUCUGGGGCUUCCUGGGCUGCUUCAGCGCCGCCACGGAGCACCGGGGUCUCCUGCGCACUUACGGUGCCUUCCUGAGUGCCGUGCUGGUGGCCGGGCUGAUCGCAGGGCUCUCAGGGCUCCUCUACCGCCAGGACGUGGCGCGGGGUUUCCAGGAAGGGCUGCGCCAAGCCCUGAACACCUAUGGCGAGGACGAGGCAAAGGCGGACGCCCUGGAUGCCUUGCAACGUGCCUUUGCUUGCUGCGGCGUGGAGAGCUACCGCGACUGGCUCACGACACCCUGGGCGCUCCAGCAAAACGGCUCGGUGCCCCUCAGCUGCUGCUGGGGCCGAAGGGGCUGCCAGCUGAGCCCACACAACGUGUAUGGUUUGCACCGCGAUGGCUGCUUCAGCAAGGUCUCAGCCUUUGUCAGCAGCAACAUGUUUUCUGUUGCCACUGCUGCCCUGGGACUGGCGGCGCUGCAGGUGAUCGGCAUUGUGCUGGCCUGCCUGAUGGCUGCCCGCAUCCCUGCCCACCCACUGGGCAUCGCCACCCCAUGCUGA